UACCCAGAUCUCUCCUAAACACCUUCCCAGGGAGACCCAUGUGUGUCGUCUUACGGUCCUCCUUUUUACCUUUUUACCUGGCUUCUCUGGGGUUGUGGAUUAUAGCCUGGUUAUGCUUUGCCAAGGAAUUUGUUUAAGUAUACAACUGCCAAGGACAUGAAAUCUUUAUAGCACAACUGUUCAGUAGAACUAAAACCCCAGGUGUUCUGGGAUUACAGCAGAUCUCAGAGAGCAAAUUUAGGAAUAAUCUCUUCACCUGUAACUGUCUCUGCAGAGCCAGCUGUCUGCAGUUUCUGCCUCAACUCUCACGUGCAGGUCAAGCACAGUAAACCCUGCACUGAGACUGGGGUAGGAAUGGAAAGUCCAGUUUCUCCUCACAGUGGGUUUUUGGGAAAUCCCAACAUAGAAGCCAUGCAUCCUUGGCCAGGUGACUUAAACACUCUCUGCUUUCCAUGUGUCUGUGGGAGGAGCUUAAAUAAAUAUUCCAGAUGCUAGGCUCUAUCCAAAAGGCAGAUUAAUCAAUGUUGUCAAGGAGAUGGAAUGUGCAUUGCCCACCAACCCGUGUGAUACAUAAAUUCACUUCUUGGGUUUUCACACAGGGACUCAGCUCUUGAGAGCAAAAUUGAUUGACUUAACCCACAAUCUGUAGCUAAUUCCUUUGGCCCAACCGUGUUCCAUUUCUAUACCUGCAACUCUCUAGGAAGAGCAAAGUAAAACUGGCUAACUCCUUACUACUGUGAUAUGGAUGGAAAGAUCCAAAGUGCAGCUUUCUCUUGUUGAACUUCAUGACUUCAGGAAAUUCCUGUGUCUGUUGAUGGGUAAUUAAGUCAGUUUCUGCAGUCUAAGAAUUUGGGGGGAGGAGCUUAAGCAAGUCCUCUAGAUUUGAGCUCUUAAGGCACAGGGUGUGGACAAUAAGGGGCUGGACCCUGAAGCCGUGCCCACUUCUUACUGAGCUUUCUAAAAGAAGACACCAGACUGUGGUGCUGACCUUUCUCCCUGGCCACCUUCAUCAUAGCCUGUGCAGGUCUGACACCCUAGAUUCCAGCUCACAUUCUGGAGCUGCUUGGGUCUAGUGCCUAGCCUCUGUCUGUCUUCAUAUUUGACUACUUCUAAGGACUCUAGCUCUAAGAACUGAAAAGCUAGUUCAUCAACAUGUUCUCUGAUUCUGGAACAGCUGAGCAAACUGAAGAGCCCCAGCAGGUCAUCUCCAAACCAUGUCAGGACCAGGGAGAAACUCCAGGUGAUUCUGAGCCAGGGCCCUCCACUUCUCAGUCUGCUCCUGUGACGAUGAGCAUGCUUGAGUCAAUUCUGAGAUAUGGGAUGGCUUCUGGGUAUCAACCUACGACCAUGGGAGAGCCAAGAGGGAGUUUUGCUUUUAGCCAGAAAGAUAUGUCUGCUGACCAAACUAAAUCCCCAGCAAGAUCUCAGCUGAUGAAGCUCAAAGACCAGGAGACAUCCCUCACUGAUUCCCAGGAGAGAGCAGUCUCUGACAGCGAGGAGACAGUCUACAAAGAAUGCCGCUAUGUGAAGGUCCCAUUUGGAAAGGAGACUUUUGUGUUCCAACCUACACCCCUGUGUGGAAGUCAGAGGAACAGCCCUGGUGAUAGUCAAGGUACUCACUCUGAGGGGCAGCUGGUACCUCUUGAAGGGGGCCGUGUGAGGUCCUUCAGUGCUAAACAGACCUGGGGUGAGGAUCAUGAAGUUCCUUCUAUUUUGGACCUGACUGUCAAGAAGGACCAACAGAUGCCUGUCACUGGGGAAAAGACCGUCAAGUGCAGUCAGAUUGCAACGAGAGUGGGUGAGCCGUUUCUUUAUGAGGGUAAGAUGGCAGCUCCCUCUUAUAGCCAGGCCCUCCAUCCCAGUGAACUGAUAUCUUCUUUUUCUUUUCAUACUUCUUGUCAGUAUGAGAAGAUGGUUCUAAGCCGUGACAAAGACCUCUUUCGGGAUCACUUGGUAUCGAUUAAAGGAUACAAGGCUUUCUAUAAACAUCAGACGAGGGACCUCAGUAGUACCCAGAUAAACCACUAUGGCCAACUGGUAUCCUCCCGUGGUCAGAAUGUCUCCACAGGUCAGGGGACAGUACCCAGUGUUGAAGAAUGCCGCCGUCGUCAGACUUUCAAUCCUCCACUUUAUUCACGUGGUCCUUUGGCUCCCAGACCGCCUCCAGAAAGUGCUUCAGUUUCUGCUAAUGUCCUGGGACAGCUUCACCAAUACAGUUCAUUCAUUGAGACCAAGAGUCAUGAUUCCCAGAAGACUCACAUUUGGAAGCCUUAUUUCUGUCCAUACGAUGAUGGUGAGACAUCUUUCCCAAUGUCUUCUCUCCUCAGAGACCACAGGAGAACACACACUGGGGAGCUGCCCUAUGCAUGUGACCACCCGCAGUGUGGCUUAAAAUUUCUCUGUUUAGAUAAUCUCCUCAGCCACAGGAGGGAGCACAUGGAGGAGCAACCCUACCGCUGCAGCUACUGCAACCAAGGCUUUACUAGAUUGGAUGACCUCAGGAUGCAUUCAAGCCAACACUUUUCAACUUUAUCCUGACUGGAAACCGACUGGCCAAACAAUACCUUUGCUAGUACAAUUAUAUAUCUUCUUAACCAGUAAUUCUGAGAACCCCUACUACAUGCUAUUGUUUAUAAAUAAAUG